ACGAGCUACGAGAAGAGGUAUAUCCCAUCUCAUCCAUCCCCAUCCCCUUCAGUGCCCCGGUCACAAAGCUAAUCUAUUAUGCUGUUUAUCUAUAGACGAGACUGAUCUCCCCACCUCCACUCCACGUCCCGAACCGUCCAAUGCACCAUGGACAGCCCCCCAGGAACCCAGUGCCGAUGCGGAUCGAACCUUUCGUUACAGUGUGUGGUAAGAAGCUUUGGACUGAUAACGCUGCCAUCGGGGACCGCUUUUAACGGGCCAGCCAGAUAUCACUAGGUAUUGGGUCUAGGGUUGUUUCUCUUCUUGGAUAUGAUGAGAAUACGAUCUCCUGAAAGAUCAAACAACAGCAGACACUUUUGGUCGAGUUGGUUAUUCAGCGUGUAUUGGAUUAGCGUGCAUUGGAUUAGCGUGCAUUGGACUUGGGUAAAUAUGAUAAAAAAUGGUAUGGGACAUGGGGGAUGGGACAUGAUUAAGGAUAUUGGAGGUAUUAUAUAAGAUCGGAUAAUUUUUGGGAUCAAUGCACUGGGCACAGGAUAGGUAUAUAGUAAUGUGUGAUAUAAUAGCAUAGUCAGGACUCGAUGUCUAGGUUUGGUUUCAUGAAUCAAUAAUAUCCCAAAGAGGACAACCUUAUUACCUUGAGUAGCCAAUCAAAACAGAGAACGGGUGUUACAAAAAAAGGAACUCGU